GCACAUUUUAAGGUGUAAUCAAAAUUAAUAAUUGCGAUAUCAAUCAUUUUUGAAUUAUCGAUGUACAAAAUAUGAACUUAAAAUUACUCGUGGCGAUUAUAAUUGCUUUAAUUGCGCCAAGUUCACAAUCCACACACAAACAAAACGUGAAUCUAAAAAAUGACACGCAGCUGUCUGAAACAGCAAACGCCACUUUACCAGAUUCGCAUAAAGAAGCAUUGGACAAAAUGCUCAGUGCGUUCCUGAACGACCAGGACUCAGAUGGGUCCAUUUUCAAGUACCUCUUCGCCAUUGGCAAUGAGAAACCAUCGUCGGUAGACUUCGACAACUUGGAUAUAGCUACCCUUGAUCCGGAAAGUAUUAAAAAAAUUGUUCAGAGAGCUAAGCAAAAAUAUGACAAGUUGACAAGUCGAAAACUUCACUAUUAUCCCAAACUUGCCCUUGAUCUAAUGCCAUAUCCAAAGAAAGAGUAUAGCCAGAGGAACAGCAACCGAGAGCAGCGAUCGGCGUUGCACAAAAGGAAAGAUUACGUAAUCAUUGCUUUUGAUCUCAUGGCUCAAUCGAUUUACAGUACAAGAUAUCGACUAAUAGAGACUAAAGAUUACAGAAGGAAGUAUUCGAGGCAGUUGCCAUACCAGAUUGGAGUAAUGAUUGGGUCUAUAAUGGAGCUAAAAAUCAAGAUGGCUCACAUAUUCGCUACUAUGUACUGGAUGGAAACAAGAACGCACUUCAUAUGGUAUUUGAUAUUGUAUGAGAAGAUGUUGACCUGUCACACGGAUAUCACCUACCAAAUCGACAGGAUUUUCGUUUUGCAUAAAAAUUUUAUAAUAAACAUGAGAAAAUUGGCCGCGAAAAACAGGGAUUUCACACCGCAACCUCUGCCGAAACAAACAACCACCUAGUUUUCGUCAAGUUUUUAUUAACCCUUUUUUUGGGAGAUUCAAUAAAAACGUUACGAAAAUAAAUAUUCAUAGUUUCGUUUCGUUUACGUUCAUCUUAAUUUGGUUACCAUCAACCAAACAGAUACAAU